AUGCAUGAUUUUUGCUUUACGAUCCCAUAUGGUUUGCUUUUGGCUUGUGGUGGGCUGUUUGGUUACAUCAAUAAAGGAAGCACAGCUUCGUUGGCCGGAGGUUUAGGCACUGGAUUGUUGCUCAUACUAGCUGGUUAUCUCAGUCUCCAAGCUUUCCAUAAGCGCAAGAACUCGUAUAUGGCCUUGAUUCUUGAAACGGCUUGUGCUGCAACACUCACAUGGGUCAUGGGGCAACGCUACAUCCAAACCUCUAAGAUAAUGCCAGCUGGUAUGGUUGCAGGCAUCAGGUAA